AUGAUGGGACACGACUAUUUGGUGGAGGAGCUUGGGGGAGAUGUGAAUGCUCCUGGAAUUGGAAGCGUAGCUCUAGGUGCAACUCCGUUUAUGAUGUCAGCUCAGUCUGGUGAUGUUCCCACUGUCAAGUAUUUCCUUGAUCAUGGUGGUGAUCUAAUGAAAGCAGAUGACAAGGGACGCACAAUUCUCCACCAUGCUGUCUCGGCAGGAUGCUGCAAGGUAACAGAGUUCCUCCUUUCAAAAGGGGUGCCAGUUGACAUAGACUGUGGCCGUGGACCACCACUCUUCAUGGCUGCUACAAAUGAGCAGGAUAAGACACUGAAGAUUUUACUGGACCACCACGCAAAUCCUAACAUCAUUAUCAGUGGUGCCACUACUCCCCUGCUGAGUGCUCUUAUUUACCGUUCAUUGAAGUGCAUGAAGCUACUCAUUAAGGCUGGUGCAGAUGUUAAUUGCAAGGCUUCCACUAUGACACUUUUGGUGUUUGCUACAAUGCAAGGAGGUUAUACCAACUUCAUUAAGUUUCUGUUGAAGGCUGGAGCUGAUCCUAAUAUUCCCGAUGAUUUGGGUAGGUUACCAAUAGAGCUUGCUGCAUUACGAGAUUGCAAGGAAGAGGUUGAAAUGUUGCUUCCUUUGACUACGCCAAUUCCAACUGUCCAAAACUGGAGUAUUGAGGGGGUAAUUUCCCAUGUGAAAAAUGAAGAUAAAAAACCAAUGUAUUAUUGUAAGCUCGGGUUACUAUGUAGACAACACCACAUUAUGGGGUUUUCUUAG